UCAUAAUUAAAUUGUAUAAAAAAAUGUAAUUGCUUGACACUUGCUAACGUUGACGUCAUAAAUUGUUCAACAACCGAAAGACGACGAAUGACGGAUUGAAAACUGCAAAUGGCGCAGAGAGUCUUCGCCAGUUGGAAACGUAUUUCGGAAUUAAUCUGGCUAUUUUGAAUGAUUUUAUGCUUAAUUAUAGCUAAAACCACCCAAAACAUAAGUCUAAAUUAAUUUUAAAUAUUAACAAAACAGCCACUAUAAGACGCAGUACGGAAAAUCUAAAAUAGAAAACUGAAAGCAAACAAAGUUGCAUGAUGCAGAAUGUUUAUACCACUUAUAUUAAUUGUGCCGUGAUUUGUGUCUGUGCGGAUGUUAUAUAGGAUUGUUUUCAUUUGAAAACAGAUUUGUUAUCAACGUGAAGCAGCACAAGUUACUAUGUGCUGGAUAUACAUUGUUUCUCUCUAAAAAUGGAAAAGAGCCGACAUGAUAAAAGUAAAGAAAAGUCGAAAAGAUUGUCUAAAAAAAGAAAAAACCGCAAUAAUAGCAGUGGCUCUGCAAGUCCCAGUUUAGUACAAUCAAACACAUUGAAGCCAUUAGUUGAAUAUUCAGAUGUAAGUUCUGAAGACUUAUCUGCACCUGAAGCAGGAGAAAUUCAGAGUGGUGAGAGUGUUAAAAGUUACAGUGAUGAUGGCGAGUUGAGUAACCAUUCAGUACAUAGAAACAGCUUUUAUAGUAAUCGGCAUUCUCAUAGCAGUCAUCAACUGGAAGAAGAAUAUUAUAUUACUCGCCAGCAAUUAUAUUCUCCUACUGGCAGGCAUUCUCACUGCCUGGAUCCUUCCAUGGUGCAGCAAAAUACAACAUCACCUAUGUUAUCUCAUCGAGAGAGAAAGAUGUCAGCUUCUUCCAUGUCUUCCAGGUCUAGCGACCUAAAGCAUAGGAAAAAAAUUGACAUAUCGCCUUUGGAGGAUUAUCGGCAGAUAACAUCACCUUAUGUAGAGUAUGACGGACUGGAAAGAAAAAAAAAGAAGCGAAAAGAGAAAAAGCAUAAAAGAGAAAAAAAGAAAAAGAAAAGGAAAAGGAAACAGCAUCGAUCAAGAAGUUCUAGCUUAGAGAGCAUUGGGUCAGUGUCACCUGUCGAAAGGGUAGUAAAAGAAAUUGACCUCGAAAAAGAGCCUUUAUCUGAUUGGGAGCCUGUUCUUUCCGAUAGUAAACAAGUGGGCGUUCUUGCUACUGAUGCUUGUUCGCCUGUUUCCAAUGAUUCUCAUAUUGCUUCCCCUGAUCCAGAUGACAAUAUAAGAUCACCAACUGCAGAGCCAGUAACACCCCCCUUAAGGAAUUUCAAAGGGUGCAUUGCGCCUCGCGAGUCGCCUCACACUCCCCCCUUGUUGCCUUCGAAGCAAAAUUCCCAUCAUAAAAUAAAACUGGUCCCAAUGGAGAUUAUAGACGACCGAACUUUGUCCCCGGUAGAAAUAGCGGAGAGAUAUCGUGAACGAGACAGACAUUACACAAGGCAUUAUAGUCCCAUUCCCAUAAAAACAUCCCCCUAUAGAAAUCCCAGUCCUGAAUCGUUGAUGAAUCAUUAUCAUAGUCAUUCGUUGAGCCGGUCAAGUGUAUCGCCGUCUAGAAAACGGAGGCGCCUCGAAAAAGAAUCUAAUCAUCAUCGACGACACGGCAAAGAUCGAUCAAAAGAUAAGCGCAGACAUUCGAGGAGUCGCAGUCCGAAGAGAAGGGGCUCAAGAUCUCCUAGCUGGCAUAAAAAACAUUAUAGUAGAUCGCCAAGUAGAACUAAAGUUUCAAAAAAGUAUCGGUCACGAAGUCCUAGAGCGACCAAAGAUAAGGACAGAUAUUCGACAUCUAAAUCGCCCGUUGGACGAGAACGGCCGAGAAGUCCGACGCCUCAUUCGAUUAAAUCGUCGCAGUUGAAGAACAAAAUAACGGACACGAGUUUGUUCGCCGAAUUGGUUAAAGACAGACAAAAGCGUGAAGCGGAAUUGAAGCGUUUAGAACAAAAUCUGCGAGAGAGAAAAAGCGAUGACAGCAACAAGCAAGACGAGGCCAUAGAAGAACUUUCAAAAGAUGACGUGGAUGCUUCAAUUAAUUCCGACAGUUCUAGUUUUCAACCUUCCGUUUCUAUAGACGAAAUUCCCAUUCCUGAUGAUACGGGAGCGGAAAUAGGAAAAAACAAGAAAACAGAAAUUAAUUUGACCGAAAUAGCGUUACCAGAAAGUCAAUCGGAAACGAAUAAGAAAUGCACUUCGGAAGAUAGUGGAACCCCUAAGAUUAUACCUUCCGUAGUUAGGCAUCCGCCUUUGCCACCUCUUCCAAUUAUCACGUCACCUGUACACUCGAUGUCUACCAGUUUGAUUAUUAAACAAUCUGCUCCUCUUCCAUCGCAGCCUGUAACUGCUGUGGUUGCCAAGAAGCCGACGACGACGAUAAAUGAAAUUAAAACGUUAGGAAGCAAGCACAAGAAUAUUACCAAACUACCCAUGCCACCCGGUAUAAAUCAAACAGACCUAGAGGCUAUUGAGUCACCUCCUAGUCGAAGUCCUAGUCCCAAACAAAUUUUAAAAGUCAAAACACCACCAAGGAAAAGUAUUAAAGAUUUGCCGAUGCCACCAGUGAUUCCUGGUACUGAAGAUCUUAGUGGAGACGAAGACGUUAUAACGACAUCUCCUAGAGUGAGCUCAAAGCCCCAAGAGAAGGCCAAACACGUCCCAAAGCCCAAAUUAAAGAGGCCGAAAAUACUUCGACGUAAAACGUCGAGGAAUAUUAAUACUUCAAGGGAUUGGGGUGAAAGAUGUGUAGAUGUGUUUGAAGUUAUAACUCAAAUAGGAGAAGGUACAUAUGGACAGGUGUAUAAAGCGCGGGACAUGCAAACCAGCGAAAUGGUUGCUCUGAAGAAAGUUCGCUUAGAAAACGAAAAAGAGGGUUUUCCUAUUACCGCUGUUAGAGAAAUUAAAAUUCUUAGACAAUUAAACCAUAAAAAUAUCGUAAAUUUGAGAGAAAUUGUGACUGAUAAACAAGAUGCAGUAGACUUUAGAAACGAUAAGGGUUCUUUUUAUUUGGUGUUCGAAUAUAUGGACCAUGAUCUUAUGGGCCUUCUUGAAUCCGGUUUGGUAGAUUUUAAUGAACAAAACAACUCUAGUAUAAUGAGACAGCUGCUCGAUGGUCUCAAUUAUUGCCAUAAGAAAAACUUCCUUCAUAGGGAUAUAAAGUGCAGCAAUAUUCUAAUGAAUAACAAGGGCGAGGUAAAAUUGGCAGAUUUCGGUUUGGCACGUUUGUAUAAUGCCGAAGACAGACAAAGACCAUAUACAAACAAAGUGAUUACUUUGUGGUAUCGACCUCCAGAACUUUUACUGGGUGAAGAACGGUAUGGACCUGCCAUCGAUGUGUGGAGUUGCGGUUGUAUCUUGGGGGAAUUGUUUCUUAAACGGCCCCUUUUUCAGGCAAACGCCGAAAUGAUGCAAUUAGAUAUGAUAUCGAAACUGUGCGGUACCCCAACGCCCGCUGUCUGGCCAUCCGUUAUCAAAUUGCCCUUGUUUCACACCCUCAAACCUAAGAAGUUACAUCGCAGACGUAUCCGUGAAGAAUUUAUGUUUAUGCCAUCCUCGGCGUUGGAUCUAUUGGAUAAAAUGCUUGAACUUGAUCCUGAUAAAAGGAUUACUGCCGAAGAUGCUUUAAGAUCGAACUGGUUAAGAAACGUCAACCCCGAGGAAAUGUCUGCUCCAGAACUUCCCACUUGGCAAGAUUGUCAUGAGUUAUGGAGUAAAAAACGAAGACGCCAACUUCGAGAACAACAGGAAGCAAUGCAAAAUCUACCACCUGGAAAACCGCCUGCGUCAUUGCUGAAAGCUUUCAUUUCGAAGCCUGACGAGAACAACACCGAAGUGGGAGGGUGAGUUUCGUGUUAUUGAAUCACUCGUGGCGUUAUUUAAAUUGUGAACAAAAUUACGUGCUUUGACAAAAACAUUAUUUAAUUAAGGAUAUGUGCAUUUAGUAUCUCACACACAAAUAAAAGAAAAAUAAAUACUACCUGGGGAGAAAAGGGGCAGCACGGCAUAACAAUAAUAAUUAUAUGAUGUGCAGUUUUUUGUAAUUGAUACGAUAAGGUGCCUAAUUUUAAUGUUUCUUUCUGUUUUAAAUUAAUAAGAAGCUGUAUGUGUACAGGGUGAAGCUCGUUUACAUUGAAAAAAACGUUUAUUAUUAAUUAAUGUAUUAUUGUUUGUUUACUUCUUAAUUAUUUUCCAAACUGCUUUAGAACAUUACUACAAUUGUAAUAUAAUUUUUAACCUCGUCUCUAUUUCUAUAUUUUCCUUUAAUUGAGAACUUAAAAUUGAUUACUGUUCUUAUGCGAAACUAAAAGUUAUUUGAUUGUCUAAGGGCUACUGUUUCCUUUUCUAUUUAUUUUAUUAGUCUUAAUCACGCCGAUCGCAAAGUAUACAUAUAUCGCAGGAAAAUGUCACCGUGAGUGCGUAUUUUUAAGUUGGAUCUUUAAAUACUGCUGUGCACCUACUAUCUAUAUUUUCAUGUAGUAUGUAAUAAGGUCCAGCUUUUUGACGAUUAUUCAUAAUUGUAGCCACUAAAAAUUUAAAUUGUAUUGCACGAGGCACGCAGAUGUAAGUUUUGUCGUUUAAAAAUUGUGAAUAUUAAAAAUUUUGCUUUUUCUGGCAUGGUCGUAAUCGUUUUUUCUUUUUUUUUGCGUGCGAUCUCUUUUGUUAAAAAAAAUCUGCUCCUUUGUAGAAAUGUAGAAGUAAAUGGAAUGAAUGUGUAUUGUAUAUAUUGUAGAUAAUGAUAUGAUAUAUGAUACAGUGGAUUUCAAUUAUUGUUAAUUAUCGGCAGAUUUACACGUUGAGUAUAAAUAAUUGUGUAAAUAAUAGAGACUUCUAGAUUAGAAUAUUUUUUGCUAUAUAAUUGAGAUAGUUUGUAAAUAGGCGUUAUUUUUAUUUUAAUUAUUAAUAAAUGGGUAAAACACG